CCGGCGCCUUCGCGCCGCCCCGGACGCAGCCGGGGAAAUGCCCGCGGGGCCAGUGGGGGUCCCGCCCGCGGUGCGCUCGGCCCCCUGUCCUCGUCCACUGAGAAAUAGGGUCACGUUUUGCCCAGGGCUGAAUUCGCUCCGAUCCGCCACCGAACAGGGGAGAGAACGCCACUUGCGAUGCUCCUGGAUGCCCUUUCAUCCUGACAUCACCCAGAGUGGGAGCAAGGCCUCUGCCGGCCGCCUGUGUGGUGCAGGUCGGGGGACAUCAGUUCAGGAGGCAACCCCUGGCAUGGCACCACACGGGACAGCAAUGACUGUGACUUUCCUGGUGGGUGCCAGGCCCCACAGUCAGCGUCAGACAAAGAAGUUGAAAGAAGGGGUGAAUGGCACGGGCCCAACCUCAGCCUCCUCCUCUGUCUGGCCCCUGGUAGGUGAGAGGACAGGCAUCUCAGAUGCCCCUGGACCCCAGGAUUCUCAGCCUCCAUGCUCGGGACCAGCUUGCCAGGCAGUCCUCUGUCGGCUGCCGUCCAUCUCUGCUCGGAGCAGUCCUGACCUCGGCCCAGGCCCCCACUCUCUUCCCCAGGCAGCCACUGAUGGCAGCUCCCAGGGAUGGGGAUGGGCCCACUCCACUCCCUCAUCCUCUGCCAUGCUGCUGGUCAGCCGGUGGCCAAGUGCCAAGUGGCCAGCCUGAGCUCAGGGCUGGCUGGAGAAGGGGUGAUAAAACAUCCCAGGUGGCCCCAGGAGCUUAGGGAAGCAAUGGGUGGGGGUCCCCGAGCUGUCUCCAUUUCUUGUAGAAAGCUCAGGGGUACUAAGCAUUUAUCCCCAAUGAGGCCACGCUGACACAAAUCCAGCAGGGCCCUGCUCUGGGCCAGAAGGCUGUCAGCUCACAGCCCCGCCGGCUAUCUCCCCCCACCCAAAGCUCGGGGAGGCAGUUAUGGAUGUCUUUGAUUAAUAAGAAAUGGGGGCAAUGAAUUAAUCAUUAUGUA